GCGCCGCGGAUGAAGACCGAAACACUUGUUGCUCUUCUAAUCCCAGGAAGCGAAACACGCUUGGAACUUGGAGUGAACACUUGGACCAAAAGGCAUGUGGGCUCUGUUAGUUUGGAUCCAGAACAAACUACAGACAAACAAACUGCCUGUUAAUCUAAUAGUUAUCCAGUAAGCAGCAUCCAUUGACUUUGGUGGUGGAAUCCCUAAGGACUGACCAAUAGUUGGACUACCAAGUUGCAUCUGGUGGCUAACGACCUGUGUGCUGAUGAUGACCCCCCUGACUUGUUACAUUAUCACAACUUUGUGGACAUCAAGGAGAAUACUUCCUCUGGCCUGAGUGGAGACCCCCUCUCCACUGUUUAAGACGCCUGAAACAUGCCCUUGCCGUUUGGCUUAAAACUCAAAAGGACUCGAAGGUAUACUGUUUCAAGCAAGAGCUGUCUUGUCACACGGAUUCAGCUUCUCAAUGGAGAGUUUGUUGAGUUUACACUCUCAGUGGAGAGCACUGGACAGGAAUGUUUGGAGGCAGUAGCCCAGAGACUCGAGUUAAGAGAGAUAACAUACUUUAGCCUGUGGUACUUAAACAAGCAGAACCAGCAGAGAUGGAUUGACUUGGAGAAGCCACUGAAGAAGCAGCUGGACAAGUAUGGGCUGGAGCCCACCGUUUACUUUGGAGUCGUGUUUUACAUACCCAGUGUCACCCAACUGCAACAGGAGAUCACAAGAUAUCAGUAUUACCUGCAACUGAAGAAAGAUGUUUUAGAGGGCAGGAUAUCGUGCUCACUCGAACAAGCUAUACGUUUGGCCAGCCUGGCAGUGCAAGCUGACUUUGGAGACUUUAAUCGAUAUGAUUCCCAGGAAUUCCUUCAGAAGUUUGAACUGUUCCCCAUUGACUGGAUUCAGGAUGAGCGAGUGCUGGAAGAGGCCAUUCAGAAAGUGGCUCUUCUUUAUCAGUCCUUCAAGGGUUUGCCAGUUCCAGAGGCAGAGAUGUUGUACAUGCAGGAGGUUGAGAAAAUGGAGGGCUAUGGCCAAGAAACCUUUCAAGCCAAGGACAAUACAGGUGCAGAUGUUACCCUGGGUUCCUGCCUUGACGGCAUCUUUGUCAAGCACAAAAGCGAGCGUCCGCUUGUUUUAUACAGGUGGCAUGAUAUUAACAACAUGAGUCACAACAGGUCUUUCUUUGCCCUGGAGCUAGCCAACAGAGAAGAGAGUGUUCAGUAUCAGACCGAAGACAUGGAAACCUCCAAAUAUGUGUGCCGGAUGUGUCUGGCCAGGCUCAAGUUUUAUAAGAUUAACAUGAGUAGCCUAGAGGAGUGUGACCCCCUGCCUUCUGAGGGCUCCCAGAAGUCCCUUCUCUUUCUAUCCUUUCCUCGUUUUCCAAUGCUCUCUCGUCCCUCUCUGCCUUCUAAUAAGGGCCAACCCCAGCCCACAGUUGUCAACCCAGUCAGACGGAGAUCCUCUACUAGGGUAUCUCUGCCAAAGCCGCAGACCUACAUGAUGCCCCCUCCACAAAUGCACUACAAUGGCCAUUUCACAGAGCCUUACACAUCAUCACAGGACAACCUGUACAUGAACAGUCAGAACGGUUUCUACUACCACUCUCAGACCAGCCUGGACUGCUCUCCUCUAGAAUACAGUAGUGGAGGACGUUUACGUAAUGGCAGCGUGUACAGUGCCCACAGUACCAGCUCCCUAACCAAUCCCCAGCACUACCUUCAGCCUUCACCCAUGUCCUCCAACCCCUCUAUUACAAGCGACAUAACCAGACCAGACUACGUCCCCUCUCACCGGCACAGCGCUCUCAUCCCACCUUCUUACCGUGCCACUCCCGAUUAUGAGUCAGUGAUGCGUCAGAAGAACCGAGGUGCAGGGGGAGGAAUGGUUUUGUCUCAAGAGCACAGGCAAAGCCACUCUAUGAGGAACCUAAAUAUUGGAAACUCCUAUGCCUACAGUAGACCAGAUCCUCUAGUUUACAGCCAGCCAGAAAUCAGGGGGGAGCAUGGCGGGGCAGCUCAGCACCACCACUAUCCCUUGCAUUUGGGCUCCAGCUUCCACAGCCCUUCUCCAUACCCCUACCCUACAGAGAGGCGAUCUGUGGUGGGGGCAGUAAGUGUCCCAGAGCUCACAAAUGUCCAGUUACAACAGGCACAAGAGUAUCCAGCCCCCAACAUCAUGAAGACACACGUGUACCGAUCGCCUCCACCUUACCCAUACGCUCAUCCUAGACCAGCUAACAGCACACCUGAUCUGUCACGUCACCUGUACGUCAGCAGCAGCAAUCCAGACCUGAUUAUAACAAGGCGUGUGCACCACUCAGUCCAGACCUUUCAGGAGGACAGCCUGCCCGUUGCACACUCUUUGCAAGAGGUCUCAGAGCCUCUUUACAGCGGACCUCCACAAAGGCAGCAGUACCAUGCUCAGAAACGUAACUCCAUUGAGAUUGCUGGGUUGGCGCAAAGUUUUGAGGGGAUGAGGGUCAAAGAGCGCACGGCGUCUUCUUCAGCAGCUGAAAUGGCCACACCUCCUCCAGUGCUGCAUGGCGGGCGCUCUCAGGGAUCCCAGCUCAAUGUGUUUUUGGAACAAAAAAAUCCAGAAGACAUUGAAGACAUUAAGGAAGAUGUGCAGUACGGACAUAAAAAGUCCCUUUCAGACGCCACCAUGCUAGUUCACAGUAGCGGAGAAGAAGAGGACUUUGAGGAUGACAGUGGACGUCACACACCACUUUCUCAGGAGGCAUUCGUUCCCGAGCAGCCGCCACAGCAGCAUCACCACAGUCUGACAUCUCUCUCUUCCCUGACACCUCAGCAGCAGCAGACUCCGACAGAGCCUCCUCCUGCAUAUCCCAUAGGCUCCUCUCUUGACCCCUCUAUAACCGGCACCUUAACCUAUAAGGUUCAUACCCUGAUCCAUGAACGUGAGCCACUGUACCUAGUAUCAGAGUUACAGCAGCCCAGGAUUAUGCCUUCGGUUUCAGAGGGAGACUUGAGUGGUCAGGAGAAGCCGAGGCCCAAGAAAGACUUCAAGAAGAGGCCUGUGUCUGAUGUUCCUCCUGGGAAGAAAGCAGUAGAAGGUUUACCUCCUGCGGGCAUGAAAAAAGGAGCCAAGUCAGAGGUGAAGAAGAUGGGCCCUCUGAAAGUUGCCCACCUCAAUGGCCUGUCCAUAUCCAGGCAGCCAGUCCACAGCGAGAUUAAGGAUGAGCCUGAACGAGCCUCGAAUGAUGAAAGGUGCAAAGUGUUGGAGCAGCACAUGGAGAAGGGUGAAGUGUUGAAGGAGUACGAGAGCAUCCCAAAACGUCCAAGAGGGGAGUACACGAUCGCCCAGCUGCCAGAAAGCGGAGACAGAAACCGCUUCCAAGACGUCUUGCCUUAUGACGAUACCCGAGUGGAGCUGGUUCCCACUAAAGAGAACAACACGGGCUACAUCAAUGCAUCACACAUUAGAAUGACAGUAGGUGGGCAGGAGUGGAAUUACAUUGCCUCGCAGGGUCCCAUGUCGCACACGUGUCAGGAUUUCUGGCAGAUGGUGUGGGAACAGGGUGUCUCCAUCAUUGCCAUGGUCACUGCCGAAGAGGAGAGCGGUCGAGAAAAGAGCUUUAGAUACUGGCCCCGACUUGGCUCCCGGCACAACACAGUGACGUACGGGCGCUUCAAGAUCACCACGCGGUUCCGCACAGAGUCCGGCUGCUACGCCACCACUGGGCUAAAGAUCAAACACCUCCUGACGCAACAAGAGAGGACUGUCUGGCACCUGCAGUAUACAGACUGGCCUGACCACGGCUGUCCCGAGGACUUCAAAGGCUUCCUCACCUACUUGGAGGAGAUCCAGUCUGUGAGAAGACACACAAAUAGCAUCAGUGACCCAAAGAACUCCAACCAGCCUGUGCUGGUGCACUGCAGCGCAGGAGUGGGUCGGACUGGAGUUGUCAUCCUGUCUGAGAUCAUGAUAGCGUGUCUAGAGCACAAUGAGCCAUUGGAUGUUCCCAAGCACCUGUUGGCGCUACGCAAUCAGAGGAUGCUGAUGGUUCAGACCUUGUCCCAGUACACCUUCGUGUACAGGGUCCUCAUCCAGUACCUCCGCAACUCCCGGCUGAUCUGACCACGGGCAUCAGCACAGAUGAUUUGCAGUGGAUUUUGCUCCACAGUUGUGCCAAACUGCAGUGCAGUGAUGCAGAUGUUUGAAUCUGUUCUGAAAGGUGGCUGCUUACAUUCUGUUCUGGCCAUGUAUUAGAGCCGGCAAGCCGGGAGGUGCCGAUUGUUGAGAUGUGCAAGACGCUGUGCCACAUGAAGGGGCACAAAGACUUGUGACCUGUCUCUAAACAGUAUUAUAUAUUAUUUCUUACAUAUAUUGGCUACUUUAUAAGGCCCAGCACUUUCAGAGUACCAUGCUGUACAUAAAGAACCAAUAUUAAGCUGCAUUAAAUUCUUUUAGAUAUCUAUCAAAAAUCAUUGGUUGAUUUUUAACUUGCCUAAGAACACUUUUAUUGUCAGUAUGUUUUGAAUUGCUGUUGCUUUAUUAAUUCCGAUAAUGAAGGAUUUAUUUUUUUUAAGUUUGGAAAAGCUUGGAAAAUGUGUUUGAUAUGAAAUCCAUGGAUUUAAACUUUAUUUAGUGACCUCUGCUGGUGCAGACAGAAGGAUGACAAUUCAUGCAAUAAACACAGAUAUGGCUGUGUGAUUUAGUGUAGUCAUCUGUAUUAUUAAUAGUACUUUUUUUUUUUAAAGACGCCAUACCUGCCCAAUAUUUGUUUACUGAACCAAUACACCUGCUGAAAGAGGCAUGGGAAGUGAUGGGGAAAAAAGAAAACACACACUGGACUGAUCAAAGUAGAAAUUUGCUGCAUGGGUUUAAAAAGCUAAAAUAAAUGCUGGGUUUAGAGUAAAAUUGGAAAAUCUUUUUUUUAAUACAUUCGUCUGUUUUUAUCUUAAACUGAAGAUGGAGUGUUACGUUUCUGCGCUGUAAUGCUGGCGGGCCUCCGUAGCUUGGUAAAAUAUGAAGGAGUGCAGUGAUGCCUUCAGAAACACGAGGGUUGAUAUCAUGACAGCAGCGUCUUUGUUUUAAUGAAAGGCAAAAAAACAAGGAGGUGGUGUUGCAACAGUGUUACCAUAAGAGUGCAUGCAGUGUGUUGAGUUUUGCAUCACCUCUGUUGGCCAUGGCCAUGGUGCUCGGUUUGAAGUGCAAACUUGUAUGGAUGGUGUAUCUCUAGUUUCAGUAUUCUGGCUGCCACACUUGUCCCGACUCCAAUGAGAAAUGUCACUCUGUAGAUACACUUCCUGCUUCCACAAAUGGCUGCCAGACUGUUAAUGAACACUUGUGCAGUCAUAUUAAACCGGAGUUGGGUUUAGCUGCUCUGCUGCAGCUGUGAGUUGCAUCCAGAUCCAUUUUUUUCCCUGUGCAGAACAAAAUUGUUCUGGAUGCCAAGUAAUACUAGUUUUACUGACCUGAUAUUUGGGGGAUUUUUUGCAUCAAAGGAACAUGUUACUCAACAGGAGGGGGUGAAAUGUUGCUGAGAUUUAUUAAGUGGAACUUUUUUUGGGGGGUGGGGGAUGACCAUAAUUUCCUUCUGAUUGUUUGGUUCUGGCAGAAAGACGGAGUCUUAGUUUGGAGACUGAAAAUAUGAUGUAAGCGUUUUGUCCAUGUACAGGUUGUUCAUAAUGUACACAAUGUAAAAGUCUGCUUUGAUGAAUAUUGGUUGUUGUACAAACUGUAUCUAUUGAACUGAACUUGGUAUGCCAUUGGACAAAAACAAAAAAAGUGUAAAAAUUAUUUUCAGCCAAGAAUAAAAAC